GGGGGUGAUAAAAAGGAGCGCUCCUCCCUCCUCCGCCGGUCAGAGCGGGACAGAAGCGGCCCCCAGAGACACGCAUCUUCUGUGAGAGUCGCUCCAGAACCGACCAAGAGGCUCAGAUUCACGAGAUGGCUCAGUGGGAGGAGCUGCUGCGGCUGGACGCGGCGCUGCAGAGCCGCGUGAGUCUGCUGUACGAGGGGAAGCUCCACAGAGACAUCCGGGGAACCCUGAGCUCCUGGAUAGAGAGCCACGACUGGGACUCGGUGGCUGCAGAUGAAAACAUGGCCCGGAUCGGUUUCCAGGCUCUCCUGGCGUAUUUGGAGGAACAGCACAACCGUUGUAUUGAGGAGAAAACUCUUCUGCAGGGACCCAAUUUCUCCUGGAUGAAAGACUACCUGAUGGAAAACUUUCAAAACGAGCCGCUGAAAUUUGCUGUGAUUCUCUCCGAGUGUCUGAAGGAGGAAAAGAAAAUCCUGGCUUCAGGGGCGACGCCUCAGUGCUUCAUGGAGCCGAACAGGAGGAUACUGGAUGCCAAAGUCAGCGAACUGAAACGCCUGACUGAGGAGGUGAAGAAGGAAAUAAACACAUUGGAGGACCUGAAUGAAAAGCUGGACUAUGUACAGAAGACGUUCGAAAGUGAAGUGGAGCAAGACGUCGGACUGGCUCAGUCUGCUCCCGGGCUGGAGAGGAAAUGUCUGGAGAGAUCCAACUUCAUCACACAAACACAGCAGAUCGUGCUGGGGCAGGUGGUGCACAUUUUGAAAGAGAUGGAGCAGAUGUUGAACACGCUCAUUGGGGAGGAGCUGCCCAUGUGGAAGCGCCGGCAGCAACUGGCCUGCAUCGGCAGCCCGGUGAACACCGACCUGCACCACCUCCAGAAGUGGUUUACGUCUGUUGCUGAGGUUCUGCUGGAAGUUCGCGAUCAGCUGCAGAAACUGCUGCAGUGGAGCCACAGAUACAACACCGACUCCUCCACGAUGCCCACCGUGACUCAGAUCGACGCCUUCGCAGUGUCCCUGCUGACCAGACUCUUCACGAACGCUCUGGUCGUCGAGGAGCAGCCCGUCGUCCUGAAAUCACCCCGGUGUCUAAUACUGAAGACGAAGGUGCGCUUCAUGGUCAAAGUGAGGUUCUUGGUAAACCUCCCAGGAUUGAAGUAUCAGCUCAAAGUCAAGCCCGUGUUUGACAAGGAUGUUGAAGAGGUCAAGACACUCCCUGGGUUUCGUGUCUUUGAAUUCACCAGCGCUGACAGCAAAGUGUUGGAUGUGGACCCAGUGGACGGAGGUUUGAUGGCAGUAUUUCGGAACCUGUCCAUCCAGGAAAAGGAAUCCAGGAUUAAAGGAUCAAAGGAGAAUCGCCUGGGAGUCACUGAAGAGCUGCACGUCGUCAAGUUUGUGACCACGGUUCAGUUCGCCGGCCUCAAGUGUGACGUGGAGGCCAGCUCUCUGCCGGUCGCCGUCAUCUCCAGCUCCAGCCAGGCCUCCAGCGCCUGGGCCUCCAUCAUGUGGUGGACCAUGCUCUCCCCCGGAGAACCCUGGAACCUGUCGCUGUUCACCGACCCUCCUCCGCUCAGCUGGGAGCUGCUCUCUCAGGCUCUCAGCUGGCAGUUCCUGUCCGUCGGCCACCGGGGGCUCGACGAGAACCAGCUGGCCACGCUGAGAGACAAACUAGAGGAUCAUCCUGAAGGUCUGGUGAACUGGAAAACCUUCUCCAGGAGUGAAAAUGCCUGGAUUUGGAUUGAUGGGAUCCUGGAUUUGAUCAAAAAUUACAUGGUGGACCUUUGGAAAGACGGGUCCAUCAUGGGCUUCGUGAGCAGGGGGAGGACCAAAUCGCUGCUGCAGAAUAAACUCCCGGGGACCUUCCUGCUGCGCUUCAGCGAGAGCAUCACAGAAGGAGCCAUCACCUUCAGCUGGGUGCACAGCUCAGGUGGAGAGAGCCGGGUGCACAACGUCGACCCGUACACGAAGAGCGAGCUCAGCACCACGCCUCUGCCCAACAUCAUUUACAACUACAGCCUGCUGGGGGAGCGGACGACCACGAACCCCCUGCUCUACCUGUACCCCGACGUCCCCAAAGACGCAGCGUUCAAACGCUACUACAAAGCCAAAACGGCAGUUAAAGGAUACGUAUCCAGGAAGCUCGUGUUCGCAUCAGACGACCCUACGCCUCCUCCAUCCCCGCCUGAGGCGCCGGACGCCAUGGAGACUGACAUGGAAACAGGAACUGACUGCCAGCAGGUGGUGGAGGAGCUGUUCUCCAGUUUGCUGGACAUGCCUGGAUACAGCCAGUCGUGGACUCAUCAGUCCCCCGCCCCGCUGUCCCCCGUGUUCGACUGCAGUGACUCCUUCAGGUCUUCCUAAAGUGUGUGACGUCUCCUGCACAGUCCACCAGCGUCCAGACGCACGUCAGAGAAUCAUCAGUUGUACAUUUUUGCUGCGAUCGGUGGAGAAACUUGCACAGGAGCAGCUUGUAGCUGUGACCGUUUCCCUUCAGUGUUGAAGGAUGUUUGCUGCCUGUUGAAAGAGGUUUUUAAUCUCUUAUUUCCUUGUUAAAUAAAUGUAAUGUUUACUUACUCAGGCAAGGGGUUGAAAUGUUUUUUUUAUUUUUUUAAACUGAUCUGUUGAAUUAGAGCCCACCAUGAAGGUUUCCUAAACUCUGAGCUCAGUGGUCCGGAGGAAACUGAAACAUCCUGAAAUUGUGGUUUUUAAAGAAAGCAGUACUGUAGUCCUUAACUUUUGUUUAUUAAAAUAAACAUAUUUCCAUUA